AUGGGCUGCACCUCGGCCAAGCAGGUGUCGGCCGUGCCCAACGACGACGACGGACGAGGGAAGGCCUACGGCAAUGGAGACCUCUUCGCCGAUGAGUACAAGAUGAAGGGAGUGGAGGAGGUCAAGUACAUGAAAGGGGAGGAAAACCGGGUCAACGCACGCAACCAGGAGAACCUGGAGAAAAGUAACACGCAGCAAAGGGGCAUGUUGCAGAAGGAGACGGUGGCCAACAUUAAAUCCAACAUUCACACGUCAGAGAGCCAGCAGGAAUUCUUCCGGAUGCUGGAUGAGAAGAUUGAGAAGGGUCGAGACUACUGCUCAGAAGAGGAAGAAGAGACGGAAGUGACAUAG